UUGCUUAGAUCUGUGAUGGCUUAGCUAUUACACCCAGUGAAGAGGAUUCAUUGGUGCAUUAAGUUUGACUGUGAGACCCUGGUCUACCAACCCUACCCCCACUUUACAAUAUAUGUUAUAAGACCUAAGAGCACUCAGAACUGACUUUGGGGAAAACUGUGCAGUUCAAAGUUUUUAACUUUUAAGAGUCGGGUCCAGAGGAUUAUAUCAUGUUGGGGGGUCUUUUCCAGUCCUCCACUUCUGUCCUGUUGGGGACCAUAGUGGGCUUGCUGGUCUUUUACUUUCUCUACUCCAGCUUCAGCUCGCAAGAAAAAAGGAGCGAGCCUCCAGGGCCAAGCGCUUUGCCCCUGUUUGGCAACAUAUUGCAGUUUGAUUUGAAGAGACCUGACAAAACUCUCUGUGAGUUUGCAAAGAAAUAUGGAUCUGUAUUCCAAGUUUACUUUGGAACCUCCAAAGUGGUCGUCUUGGCAGGGUUCAAGACAAUCAAAGAGGCUCUGGUCAACUACUCAGAGGAGUUUGGAGACCGAGACAUCUCCCCUAUAUCAUAUGACUUAAACCAUGGCCAUGGAAUUAUUUUUGCAAAUGGAGAAUCAUGGAAAGAGUUGAGGCGUUUUUCCCUGACCACCCUGAGAGACUUCGGGAUGGGCAAAAGAUUAGCUGAGGAAAAAAUAUUGGAGGAAUGCCCUCAUCUGAUCCAAAUGUUUGAUGAAUAUAAAGGAAAACCCUUUGAUACUUCACGUCCGAUGAAUUAUGCUACAGCCAAUAUCAUCUCCUCUAUUGUGUAUGGAAGCAGAUUUGAAUAUGAUGACCAGCGAUUCCAAAACUUGGUGAAAAGAGCAAACGAGACCAUAUCUCUAACUGGUUCUCCAACAAUUCAGCUUUACAACAUGUUUCCAAGGCUGCUCAGCUGGGUCAAAAACAGGCAGCAGAUAUUAAGAAACACUGAGGAUACUGCCCAAGACAUUAAAGUGUUGAUCAAGAGCAUUAAAGAAACACUCAACCCUCAAAUAUGCAGGGGGCUUCUGGACUGUUUUCUAAUUCGAAAGCAGAAAGAAGAGGACUCGUUUGUAAAGGACUCUCACUACAAUGAGACAAACUUGAUAUUUACUGUCGGCAACCUGUUUGCAGCUGGAACUGAUACCACAGCAACUACACUGAGAUGGGGUUUGCUGCUCAUGGUCAAAUAUCCACACAUACAAGAGAAGGUCCAUGAGGAGCUGGACAGGGUGUUGGGAAGCCGGGAGGUGCGGGUAGAUGAUCAGAAACACAUGCCAUACAUUGACGCUGUCAUCCACGAGACACAAAGACUGGCCAGCAUUAUCCCCAUGAGUGUACCUCACAAAACCAGCCGAGACGUCACCUUCCAGGGAUACUUUAUCAAAAAGGUUAGGUGCACACAUCUGAGCAUUGGAGAUGUUUGUCAUCUCUUGAAAAUAGGCUUUGAUUUUUGAGAUUUUAUAUGGUGGAUCUGCUUUUGCCUACAGGGGACUAUUGUAUUUCCUCUGCUCAGAUAUGUUCUAUAUGAUGAGAGUGAAUGGGAGAGACCCUACACUUUCAACCCUUCCCACUUUCUGGAUGAGGAGGGUAAAUUCUUCAAGCCUGAUGCCUACAUGCCAUUUUCUGCAGGUCGCAGGGUGUGUCUUGGAGAAGGUCUGGCCAAGAUGGAGCUCUUCCUUUUCUUUACUUCCCUCCUCCAGCGAUUCCGUCUUACUCCUCCACCUGGAGUUACAGAGGACGAACUGGAUCUGAGUCCAGGUGUUGGCUUCAUUGUCAACCCUAUACCUCAUCAGCUUUGUGCUGUCAGCAGAGAGGGAUUCUAAAAAUGUGUUAUCUUAUCAUUUCUCGCAAUGCUGAUUGGCUAUAUCUUGAAUGCCAAUCAGCAUUUAGAUUCCUAGACUACCUGAAACACAUUAAAUAUUAUCCAUCCAACCCCCUUUUAAAAAACAAGCAUUUUCAAACGUUUCUUCUCAUCUCAAAUAAUUCUCUUUCAGCUUGAUUCAAAUUCUAUUCCUUACCAACAAGGCUAAAGGAAAAAUCAUUCCACCUAUAUGGCUUUGUUUCAUCUCAUUGACAAAACUAUGGUACAUUUGCACUUGACGAUCAUAAAUUUACUUUCAGUAUCUAUUCACACUUUUCAAAAGCUUUUGGAUACAGUUGAUUUACAUGUGUUAUUGAAAACCAUUUUUUACGUGGUUCUCAUGAUGUUACUCACAAAUGGGUAAAAAUGAUCUUCUCAACAGAAGCCAGUUUGUUUCUGUUAAGGAUUGCAUUAUUUCUUAUCUAUAUUAAUGAUUUGUUUAAUAAGUCGCAUGUUCUUUCUCCAAUAAUGUUUGCAGAUGACACGACCCUUGUUCUUAUUCAAACUUUGAUUCUAUGGUUCAUAUUUAAUAAAUUAUCUUUGAAUAUAAAAAUAUCAUACUUUAUAAUUUUCACUGGCAAAAAAUUAUAUUCUAAGAAUUUGUCCAAUAUUGCAAUUGAUUCUGUUUAGAUACUCCAAGUAUCAACUACUAGAUUUGAUUGACUGGGUUAGCAGAAAAA